AUGACUUCUAGCAAUACAAAUAACUCCGAAGGAAUGAUUAAGAUCAUCGAGAAGGAGUUACUGGAAGAAAUCAAGUAUAAUUACAAUGAGAUAGAGAAGGCCAUAGAGAAGAUUGCUGUGGACAUGGAGAAAGCUGACGAAGAUCUGCAGAAAAAGGUAAGAGAGAUAUAUGAUGGUGUGGGGAAAGAUGGAUCUAUGCAUUGA